AUGCGGCACUCAGCUUUUCAGUUCUUGGUUGUGGCCAUUCUUUUCGUGUUCGUCGCGGCCUGGACCAAAGAAGACCACGAGAUCUUUCAAAUUCGAGAUGAACUUAUAGCCAAGGAGGGCCCCAACGUGACAUUUUAUGACUUCCUCGGAGUCGCACCAAACGCGAACCAAGAUGACAUCAACAAAGCCUACCGCAAAAAGUCCAAACAACUUCAUCCCGACAAGGUGAAGCGCUCGUUCAUCGCCAACAGCGCUCGAGGCGAUGGCAAGAAAAAGGGCAAGAAGCCAGGCGUUCACGUAUCCAAAGGUCCCUCGGAACGUCAAAUCGCAAACGCCGUCAAGGAAGCCACCGAACGCUCCGCUCGACUCAACACCGUUGCCAACAUUCUUCGAGGACCCUCACGCGAACGAUACGAUCAUUUCAUGAAACAUGGUUUCCCGACAUGGAAGGGCACGGGAUACUAUUACUCUCGAUUCCGACCAGGUCUUGGAAGUGUGCUUUUAGGUCUUUUCGUUGUCUUUGGCGGUUUUGGUCACUACAUUGCUCUUGUGCUUUCGUACAGGAGACAACGCGAAUUCAUGGACAGAUAUAUUCGUCAUGCAAGGAAGGCUGCUUGGGGAGAUGAGCGAGCCUUUGGUGGUAUCCCCGGUCUCGAUGCCACUGCAACUGCGACUCCGGCUGCAGCACCUCAGGCUGAAGCAGAAGAAUCGCCGGCGGCUAUGGCAAUGAACCGCCGACAGAAACGUAUGAUGGAGCGCGAAAACCGCAAGGAGAGCAAGAAGGGAAACAAGAAUUCUAGUCCAAGCGGUUCAGGAUCGGGCACAGCUACCCCUAUUAGCGAGAAUGUGGCGAGUGUAUCUGGUCCCAAGAAGCGUGUCUAUGCCGAAAAUGGAAAGAUUCUGGUUGUCGAUUCGGCUGGAAAUGUGUUCUUGGAAGAAGAAACGGAGGAUGGCGAGAAACAGGAAUUCUUGUUAGAUGUUGAUGAAAUUCCGCGACCAGCGUUUCGGGACACGUAUGUUGCCCGUCUACCGUGUUGGCUGUAUCGCAGAGUGCUUCGUAAAAAGGACGAGGAGGAGGAGCCUAGCGAUGCUCUUGAAGGCGCGGAUGAUGUAGACACCAACGACGUGGACAUUCUCGCUGAGACCGAAGUGACCAAGUCAACGUCCUCUAAGGGCUCUGCAGCUACUGCUGCUACAAGGAAGCGUGGCAAGCGAGGUCAGAAAAAGUGA